AUGGCAUCUCCAUCUACAUCAGUAUUCCGACCCGGAACACUAGCAUUCAUCACAGGCUCCGCAUCCGGCGUCGGCUUCGCAUUCGCCCAACACUGCCGUCGACAAGGGAUGCACGUCGCCCUAGCCGACAUCAACAGCGACAAUCUCGAAAAGGCCAAAACAGCAUUACAAGCAAUCACUCCCAACACUCCCAACACAAAUACUUCCCCCCAAAUCCUAACAUACACCCUCGACGUAUCCGACUUAUCAGCAUGGACACAAGUCAAGUCCGACCUAACAACCAACAAAAGGUUCUCGACGAUCAAUUUCCUCAUGCUCAACGCCGGGAUGAGUAUGAAACCCAGCACUUCAACACCAUGGGACGACGCAGCAUAUUUCCACAAAACACUCGCAACCAACUUUUUCGGCGUUGUCCAUGGUCUCGCCACUCUGUUGCCCCUAGUCACAGACACAAAAUCAAAUUCCGACAGUUCCGGUCCUUCAGCCAUUGUGAUUACCGGAAGUAAACAGGGCAUCACCAACCCACCAGGAAACCCAGCCUACAACGCCAGUAAAGCAGCAGUCAAAGUCGUCGCUGAGCAACUUGCUCACGACUUACGAAGCAAGACCUCAACAUCACAGCAACAGGUGUCCGUCCACCUCCUCGUACCCGGAUGGACGUUCACGGGUCUUAGUGGGAAUCAAGGACCCGUGCCGGAUGAACAGGCCUUGAACAAAAAACCCCGCGGCGCCUGGUUACCGAGUCAGGUCGUUGAGUAUGGCGUUAAGAAAAUCAACGCGGGGAAAUUCUAUAUCAUUUGUCCGGACACGGAUGUCGAUGAGGCUCUUGAUCAGGCUCGUAUGGCGUGGGCGGUGGGCGAUAUUAUUGAGGGCAGGAGUGCGUUGAGUCGAUGGGAUCAACAGUUCAAGUUUGAUGCUGCGAAGGCGAUUGCGGAGGAUGCAGAGAGAAGAAGAGGUGCGAAGAAGGCUUGA